AUGUUCUUUAAUGAGCAACAGUGCAAGCAGCCAUGCACAAUCCCUCCAUGUCUUCCAAAGACCCAAGAGCAAUGCCAAGCAAAGGCUGAGGAGGUGUGCCUCCCCACAUGCCAGGAUCCCUGUCAAGACAAAUGCUUGGUGCAAGUCCAGGAGGUGUGUCUUCCUCAGUGCCAGGAGUCAAGCAAAGAGCCCUGUACAAAACAAUGCCAAGAUCCUUGCCUAUCUCCAUGCCAAGAUCAAGUUCCACCUCCGUGUAUGGAAACAUGCCAGGAGCUCUCCCAGUCAAAAUGUGUAGAGGAUUGCCCACAGAAAUCACAAGAGAAUUGCUCAUCUGGAAAGGGAAAGUAG